AUGGAAAAGACGAUGGUGUCCCCCCCAGCAGCUAGUCCCUCCACCAUAUCCCCAGCCAGCAGCUCUCACCUCGGCAAACGCCACGAUCACAGCGAGGACGCCCAAGAAUCCUCUUCCGGCGGUGGCUACAAUGGAGGAGGACCCGGAGGAGACGGCGCACCCGGCAGCGGCCGCAAAUCCUCAUCAUCCGGCGGCUCCCGCCCCAAAAGAGCCCAAGUCUCCCGCGCCUGCGCCCGCUGCAAAAACCUCCGCCGCGCAUGCAACGAAUACCGCCCCUGCAAGCGCUGCGUCGACGCCGGCCUAGGCGACCAGUGCCUCGGCCUCCCGGGUCCCGUCUCCCUCGCUUGGGUCUCGGACGGCUCCCAGGCCUUCGGGCACGUUCCCCGCGAAGCCGUCCAGCGCAUGGCGGACCUGUUGCCGGCGCGGGUGAUGGAUUACUGCGUUGAUCGGUUUUUCGCGCGGUUGCACCCUACCAUCCCGAUCUUGACGCCCGAGUACGUUGCGCAGAUGAAGGUCGUUGCCGGGCCGAGUGAAGUCGGGAUGGAGGCGCAUUGUCUCCUGACGGCCGUGUGCGCGCUGGUGCUGCUUCAGGUGGAGGAGCCGGAGAGUCUGUGGAUUCAGGGCUUGAUUCCGGAGAAGAAUGCGCUGCAUGGGCGGAUGUUGUUUGAGGAGGCGCUCGCGGCGCAUCGGAACUUCGCGAGGCGGUCGAAUCCCACGUUUGAGCAGUGUCUGCUCACGUUUUUCCUGUAUGCGUGCCACUCUGCGCUCUUCCACCAUAGCCAGGCUUUCUUGUUCCUGAGAGAGGCAACGACGUUGUUCCUGCUGCUGCGGAUGAAUACGCCCGAGGCGUCGGCGAGUCCGGCGGCGGCGGUGCUGGCGGAUCGGUUGUUUUGGGUUCUAUUGGUGUCGGAGCGGUCGCACGGGAUCCGGUACCGGCGGCCCGUGACGCUGCAGAUCACGGCCGAGUCGCCGACCCUGGGCGCCGACGAUCCGAGCCUUUCGGGGUUCUGGAGUUUGGCUGCGCUGUUUAGUCCGCUGGAUACGUCGUUUAUCGCGCUGUUGAAUAUGGAAAAGGUGGCGACGCCGCCGUCGAACGCGGCGUUGACGUAUAUCGAGACGGCGGUGAACGCGGCGCUGCGGUCGACUUCGGACCUCAAGGAUACGCAAAAGGCGAAUUUGAGGGUGACGCAGCUGUGGUUGCGGAUUAUACUCUGGCAGCUGCGUUUGCGGUUCGGGUACCUUGCUGAAGAGUCUGUUCACUCGCCGAGCAUGACGUAUCACUACCCUCUCGAGGUGGCCAAGGACCUUGUGCUCUCGACGCGGGAUUUACCUGUGGAUAGUAUCAAGGUGCACGGGGUCGGGUUGACGGAGAAGUUGUUUGAUAUCGCGAGCGCGGCGGUGGACGUGCUUGCGAGGGUGCCGAUUACGAAGCCGUCGAGUCCGAGGGGCGGCAGAAUGGGCGGGACGGGGAGCGGGCCGGAGGAUGAUUUGGAGUAUAUGCGGCGGCUCAUUACGAGGUUGCCCGGGGGGAAUUCGAUUUACGAUGACUUGUUGGAGAAGCAUAUUCAGCAGGCUGUGCCGAGUAUGGCGAUUGCGGGGACGUUGGCGCGUCGGCCGACGUAA